UUGGAACAAGUCUUUGAUACUCGCAGCGCAAACACUCUUGUGGACUACGAGAAGUCUAUCGGAAACUAUCUUGUCGAUGCAGAUGGCAACCGGUUUCUGGAUGUAUUCGCCCAAAUUGCAUCGAUCCCCCUCGGAUACAAUAACCCCGAACUCAACCGGGCAUCGAGUAGCCCUGCCAUGAUUCGAGCGAUCGCCAGUCGUCCGGCGUUGGGAAGUUUUCCGUCAACAGACUAUGCCGACCUUCUCAAAACCGGCAUCCUCAAAGCCGCACCCAAAGGCCUGAAUCAGGUUUUCACCGCGACGACCGGUUCCGAUGCGAACGAGACGGCAUACAAGGCGGCAUGUAUUUGGAAGGGCACUCAGGAGCGAGGCGGUGCGGACUUCAGCGCCGCAGAGCUGGAGUCCGUUAUGCUGAACCAGGCUCCCGGAGCAAAGAAGUAUUCCAUCUUGUCGUUCCAGAAGGGCUUUCACGGCCGUUUGUUUGGGAGUCUAUCGACAACUCGGAGCAAACCCAUCCACAAGCUCGACGUACCGGCGUUCGAUUGGCCCGUCGCCCCCUUCCCUCAGCUGAAAUACCCUCUCGACCAGUUCGCUGCUGAGAACGCGGCCGAAGAGCAACGUUGUCUAGAUGAAACCGAACGCAUCUUGGACGAGCAAAAGCAGGCAGUUGCCGCCGUGGUGAUUGAGCCAAUUCAAUCCGAAGGUGGUGACAACCACGCCUCGCCUGCGUUCUUUCGGGGAUUGAGGGAACUCACGAAGCGUAAGGGUGUCUUGAUGAUUGUCGACGAGGUCCAGACUGGUGUUGGAGCUACUGGGAAGUUCUGGGCGCACGAGCAUUGGGAUCUUCCCUCGCCGCCGGACAUGGUGACUUUCUCGAAGAAAGCGCAAGCUGCGGGCUUCUAUUUCGGCGAUGCUGGGUUGAGGCCGGAUAAGCCUUACCGUCAGUUUAACACAUGGAUGGGCGACCCUGUUCGAGCGCUUCUGUUCAAGUCUAUCUACAGAGAAAUCGAAAAGAAUGACCUUGUUGACCAUACUGCCAAGGUGGGAGGAUACUUGUUUGGGGAGCUGGAGAAGCUGGCUGGUAUAUACCCGCAACACGUUCAGAACCUUCGAGGCAAGGAUCGUGGAACCUUCAUCGCUUGGGACGCUCCGAGACGGGACGAAGUCUUGUCGCUAGCGAAGACCGAGGGCGUAAACAUGGGCGGUAGCGGCGAUGCUGCAAUUCGCUUGAGGCCUAUGCUGGUCUUCCAAAAGCAUCAUGCCGAUAUUUUCCUCGAGGUAUUGGAGAGCGUGUUCAAGCGUCUAUCAUAG